AUGGACGGAGAAGAGCUCACCGAGCAGGAGACUGCCUUGUACGACCGCCAGAUUAGGGUCUGGGGCGCUAAUGCUCAAAGAAGAUUGACCAAAUCUCACAUUCUGGUAUCUGGAAUUAAGGGGACUGUUACUGAGUUUUGCAAGAACAUAGUGUUGGCAGGAGUUGGUAGUGUGACUUUAAUGGAUGAUCGUUUAGUGACAGAGGAGGCCUUGAACGCAAACUUCUUGAUUCCGCCUGAUGAAAGUGCUUACAGAGGCAAAACAGUGGCUGAGAUAUGUUGUGAUUCACUCAAAGACUUUAACCCUAUGGUCUUUGUUUCUGUUGAGAAAGGUGAUUUGUCAACACGUGACACUGAGUUUUUUGAGACGUUUGAUGUGGUGGUUAUAGGCUAUGGUUCUCGUUCUACCAAAAAAGCUGUCAACGAAAAAUGUCGGAAGCUGUCGAAACGAGUGGCAUUCUAUACUGUCGAUUGUAGAGACUCGUGUGGUGAAAUCUUUGUCGACCUUCAAGAUUACAAGUACACAAAGAAAAAUCUUGAAGAGACUGUGGAAUGUGAAUUAAAUUUUCCAAGUUUUCAGGAAGCGAUCUCAGUACCUUGGAAACUGACUCCGCGGAGAACAGUGAAGCUCUACUUUGCUAUGAGAGUAAUAGAAGCGUUUGAGGAGAGUGAAGGGCGUAAACCUGGAGCAUGCUCUCUGCUCGAUCUUGCCACAGUCUUGGAAAUAAAAAAGAAACUCUGCGAGGCAAACUCUGUGAGCGAGAGCCAUGUACCAGAUAGUCUCUUGGAGAGACUUGUCACCGGUAAUACCGAAUUCCCACCAGCUUGUGCCAUUGUUGGAGGAAUAUUAGCACAGGAAGUGAUCAAAGCAGUAUCAGGCAAAGGAGACCCAUUAAAGAACUUCUUCUACUUUGAUGCUCAAGAUGGAAAAGGUGUAAUGGAAGACAUUUCCAACUCUUUAACCUCUUAG